GAGAUGAGCGCCGCCACCCCAUAGUCGCCUUUGACUGAACUUAACUAUCCGGGGGUCCUUUACCUUUUUUUACUGCUGGUAGAGCAGCUACAGCCAUUGGUCCUACACUUGUGCUGUCUUCCUGCUUUGAUCACAGGGGAGCAACUGCUAAGCAAGGACAUUUGUAUGACACCAGCAGGUAGGAGGCAGGUGGCAGAGUCUGAUGUAGAACCAAUACCAGCGAACACACUUUUAUUACCUAGUGCUGUCUAGACAGAAGCUGCAAGUGUUGCAUCUUAUCUUCAACAGACAGAGAGAGAACUCUUGGAAUAGUAAGUUACUCUUGGAAUUCCUACCCAACACUGAGAAGAACUUGUACUCUGUUCCAUAAAUGUUGAUAGACAUCCAACAACUUAGGAGAGAUAAAAAAGAGAAUAAUUUCAAUAGGGUGUUUAUAUUCUAUUUAAGCAACAACAACAAAAAUACAGUUGACUUACAGCUCUUGUGCUACUAUAGCGUAACUAUUAUCGUAAUACAUUAAUUUUAAGAUAAGGUUUUACUAUGUAACUGGAUAUUUACAUAUUAAUAAUAAUGUUUCCAUGUUUCCAAAAAAAAAUGAAGAUGUGUAUAACCUUCAUGUAAUUGCAGUAUCAGAUAUGAACCCAAUUUUCACAGUACUGAAAAGCCACGAACAUAAAUGCGGGUAGCUGUACACUAAGAAAGAACACCAAGGAAAAGCUUUCUCAAAUGCUCCACUCAGUGAGCAGAAGGGAAGGUACAGUAUGUGCUGGAGAAACACAUGCAUUUAUUCACCCCUGUCUAUUUUCAUAGAACAAAAUGCAGUUCCUUGAGUGCUCCUCUAAGUGUCAGUGUUGGCCAGUAUGAGAGCCAGAGAGAGGAUAGAGAUCCAUUGAUGCUUCCUAGACUGCAGUAACUCCCAUCCCUGCUAUUCAGAGCAGGCCAGCUGAAGAGCACAGUGACGGAACUCUUGCAGAGAAGGAAAAAUCUCUUUUGCUUUGCACAAAUAUAAGAACAAGGGCAGUUUAUUCUUCCUCAGUGAUACCUCAUGUUGUUUCCUUCAUCAUUGUGAGAGCUUGAGCAUAGGAAACUGAGAAAAGGAAGCAGCCUGUUUUUGAGAGAACCAGCCAGAUGGAGAGAAGGCACCCAGGGAAUGGCAGGACACUCACAAGGCAAGUACUGCUUCUCUCUCUCUUGUCUUUUACCUGUUGGGCUGCAUCAGAGCAGAUUCAUUAUUCAACCCCUGAGGAGAUGGCAAAGGGUUCCGUUGUGGGGAACCUCGCCAAGGACCUGGGACUGAGCACCAAAGAACUGAAACAUCGCAAUCUGCACACUGUGUCUGUGGCUAAAAUGCAGCAUUUCAGUAUCAAUGCAGAGAAUGGAAACCUCUAUGUAAAUGACAGGAUUGAUAGGGAGGGGAUAUGUGGCAAAAAUCCACAUUGCUUUGUUAAUUUUGAAGUUGUGGUAGAAAACCCUUUGAAUAUUUUUCACGUACUAGUGGAAAUCCAGGAUGUUAAUGAUAAUGCACCACAAUUCCUGAAUAGCAAUAUCAAUUUAGAGAUCCUUGAAUCCACUCUGCUAGGCACACAAUUUCUCCUUGGGAAAGCAGAAGAUCCUGACAUUGGGAUGAACUCUCUCCAGGAUUACCAGCUGAGCUCCAAUCAGUACUUCACUUUGGAAGUUAGAGAGAGAAAAGAUGGAAAUAAAUAUGCAGAACUGGUGCUACAGAAACCUCUUGAUCGAGAAAGUGAACAGACCCUUCACUUGGUUCUUACCGCUAUGGAUGGGGGUGAGCCUAGGAAAACUGGGACUGUUCAUAUAUGGAUUAAUGUCACUGAUGCCAAUGACAACCCGCCUGUUUUCACUCAAGUGGUGUACAAGGUCAGUUUAUCUGAAAAUGUUCCUGUUGGGUCACUUGUUCUCCAGGUUGCAGCCUCUGAUAAGGAUGAAGGUUUAUAUGCCCAAAUCAGGUAUCAUUUUAGUAACAUACCAGCAACUGCCGAACGGAAAUUCAAGCUGGAUCCCAUCAGUGGCUCAAUCACCCUCUUGGAGCAACUGGAUUUUGAGGACAACGAUGAAUAUACAAUGACAGUUGCUGCAAAAGAUGGAGGUGGCUUGAUGACACAUUCUAACAUUGAGCUAAGGGUUCAUGAUGAGAAUGAUAAUGCCCCGGAUGUGACCUUAGCCUCCAUGUUCAGCCCUGUUCCUGAAGAUUCUCUGCCAGGGACAGUUAUUGCUCUGAUCAAUGUAAAUGACAGAGAUAGUGGAGAUAAUGGGGAGGUUACUUGCUAUUUACAGGAUGAUUUACCCUUCAAAGUUCUUCCCUCAUCAAACAAUUACUUCAAGCUCCAGACAGACAGUCCUUUGGAUAGAGAAAUAGCGCCUGCAUAUAAUAUUACAAUCACAGCCACUGAUAGAGGAACUCCACCUCUUUCCACACACAAAACGAUCCCACUACAGAUUUCAGAUGUCAAUGAUAAUACCCCUACAUUUCAGAAACCAUCCUACAACAUCUAUGUGCCAGAAAACAAUCCUUCAGGUGCCUCCAUUUUCACCAUCAAAGCCUCUGAUCCCGAUAUGGACCAGAACUCACGGAUCACAUACUCCAUCCUCAACAGCAACAUUGAGGAGCUUCCCAUCUCCUCCUAUAUCUCCAUUAAUUCUGAGACCGGCACCGUCUAUGCCCAGAGAUCCUUUGACUAUGAACAAUUCAGAGAGUUCCGGCUGCAAGUGAAGGCCCAAGAUGGGGGUUCUCCCCCUCUCAGCAGCAAUGUGACCGUCAGGGUGUUUGUUCUCGAUCGAAAUGAUAACAGCCCUUGUAUCCUGUCCCCCUCACAAGAAGCCAAGGGCUCAGCCUUGUUUGAGAUGGUGCCUCGUUCGGCCGAGGCAGAUUAUCUUGUCACCAAGGUGGUGGCCGUGGAUGCAGAUUCUGGACACAACGCCUGGCUCUCCUACCACCUGACUCAGGCCACUGAGCCGGCACUCUUCACGGUUGGUUCUCAUACUGGAGAGAUCAGAACAGCCAGGGCCUUUGUGGAGAGAGACGCUGUGAAACAGAGACUGGUCAUUAUGGUGAAGGAUAACGGGCAGCCGUCUCUCUCGGCCACCAUGACUCUGAACCUGGUGUUUGCUGAGAACUUUCAGGAGGCCCUUCCGGAAAUGAAGAGCCAACCCAGCAGCUCAGAGUAUCAGUCUGACCUGCAGUUCUACUUGGUGCUGGCCUUAGCUGUGAUCUCCUUCUUGUUCCUCUUGACCUGUGAUUCUGGCCGUUACAAUGAAGCUCCGUCAAUCAGGGCAUCCCAGGUUCCUACAGUGCUUUGGUCCUGUUCCCCAUUCCAAGAAUGGUGCCAUCUUCCCACCCAACUUUGA